AAUACUCCCCUUUUCACCUCCGAUUCCCCCCUUUUCGAUUUGAGUCCGCGUUGUUGUUUCUGGGCUCUUUCGCUUUUCUCGAUGAUCUGAGUUUUGCGCAUGCGUCCUCUGAUACUCGUGCUUUGGGGGGAAUUGUUAUGUAUGGGGAUGUUCCCUGCGCUCUCCUAUUCACCUGAUCCUGAUUUUGUGGGAUUAGGGCUUGUUUUUCUUUGUCGGUCGAUUCAGGGCUUGGCCCCCUUGUCGAAUUGUACUCUUUCGCAAGUGUAUGGGCGGUUUAGUUCUCAUCGAGAAAUGGCUUGCUAGUGAUUCUUGAGAUUUUUCGUUCAUCUGCAGGUCUGACGAGAGAAGAAAGAGCGAAAAAUCCAGGCGAAUUAUGUAUGGGUUGGGUACCAUCGAUGAAAUCGUAGAACCAACAAAUCACCUGUGAUGGUUUUGAGCUAUAAUGUUUCUGGGGCCAAGUGGAUUUGCUGUUGGUGAAAUGGGUUAUGCAAUGAGCAGACUUGAGAUGGAAUCCGACCUCUCUGAUGCCGGGAAAGACUUCUACGGGAUUGGUAGCAGUCACAGACCAGCUGAACCAUUGACAGAUGUAGACCAUGAAAUCCGACAAAUCACAAAGAUGAAAUGCAGUCCUCAUGAAGGGUUUAGCCGGCAAGUGCCUGGGAAACACCAGUUACCGGUGUCCACUGUCAAAAUGUUGGCUGGUCGAGAAGGCAACUAUUCCAGAAGAGGGAAGUUUUCUUCUGCGGAUUGUUGCCAUAUGCUAAGUAGAUAUUUGCCUGUAAAGGGUCCUUGGCUUGUAGACCAGAUGACCAGCCGAGCAUAUGUUUCUCAAUUCUCAACUGAUGGUUCCCUCUUUGUUGCUGGUUUCCAGGGAAGCCACAUCCGAGUUUACAACGUAGAGAAUGGCUGGAAAGUUCAAAAGGACAUUCUAACAAAGAGUUUGCGUUGGACAGUUACUGAUACUUCUCUGUCCCCAGAUCAGCGCAAUCUUGUUUACGCAAGCAUGUCGCCUAUUGUCCACAUUGUUGAUGUUGGGUCUGGGACAACCGAGUCUCUUGCAAAUGUCACGGAGAUCCAUGAUGGAUUAGACUUUUCUUCUGAUGAAGAUGGAGGGUACUCUUUUGGAAUAUUUUCUGUGAAGUUUUCUACUGAUGGUAGAGAACUUGUUGCUGGAAGCAGUGACGACUCCAUUUAUGUUUAUGAUCUCGAAGCAAAUAGGGUUUCUCUCCGGACUGUUGCUCACAUGUCUGAUGUAAAUACUGUAUGCUUUGCCGAUGAAAGUGGACAUCUGAUUUUCUCGGGAAGUGAUGAUAAUCUCUGUAAGGUAUGGGACAGGCGUUGCUUUAUUGCGAGGGACAAGCCAGCAGGUGUUCUGGUGGGACACCUGGAAGGAAUUACAUUUAUAGACAGCCGAGGGGAUGGUCGCUAUUUGAUAUCAAAUGGCAAAGAUCAAACGAUCAAGUUGUGGGAUAUUAGAAAAAUGUCUUCAAAUCCUCCCACAAACCAUGCGGUUCACAGGAACUAUGAGUGGGACUACAGAUGGAUGGAUUACCCAUCUGAGGCUAGGGAUUUGAGACACCCUUACGAUCAGUCGGUGGCUACUUAUAAAGGACACUCAGUCUUGCGCACACUUAUCCGAUGCUACUUCUCUCCUGCAUAUAGCACUGGUCAGAAGUACAUCUACACUGGAUCUAACGACAGUUUUGUGUAUAUAUAUGACGUGAUAAGUGGAGCCCAAGUGGGAGUUCUAAAGCACCAUAGCUCACCGGUGAGAGACUGCAGCUGGCACCCUCGUUACCCGAUGCUCGUUAGCUCCUCGUGGGAUGGGGACGUCGUGAAAUGGGAGUUUCCCGGCAGCGGUGAGCCGCCCAUCAUUAGCAAGAAGAGGGUCCGGAGGAGACAUUUCUACUACUAG